AUUUCUGCAUUUUCUUCUCUUCCAAGGUUGGAACUUGAAACGAAAAGCUAACAUCUUUACAAGAGAGAAAAAGAAAAGUUAGAUGUUAGUGAAGAUGACAGGGAGAUUACCCACAUGGAAAGAAAGGGAGAACAACAAGAGGAGAGAACGGAGAAGAAGAGCCAUAGCUGCAAACAUAUACUCUGGCCUCCGAGCUCAAGGCAACUAUAAGUUCCCUAAACAUUGCGACAACAACGAGGCCUUGAAAGCUCUUUGUGCCGAGGCUGGUUGGAUCGUUGAAGAAGAUGGCACCACUUACCGCAAGGGAUGCAAGCCACCUCCAUUGGAGCUUGAAACGGCUUCGAGCAACAUCAGUUCAUGUUCAUCUAUUCAACCGAGUCCACAGUCUUCAUCUUUCCCAAGCUCCGUACCUUCCUACCAUGCCAGUCCCUCCUCAUCCUUAUGCCCGAGUCCGACUCGUUUCGGUUUCAACACCUCGACUCACCUCCUUCCAUUCCUCCGCAACAUUGCAGCCAUCUCUAAUAAUAUCACUCCUCUUAGAAUAAUAUCCAGCAGCGCUCCAGUAACCCCGUCACUUUCUUCACCCACUAGAGGAUCUAAGCGCAAAUCUGACUGGGAAUCCAUUUGCAAUGACUCCCUAAACUCAUUUCGCCACCCACUUCUGGCUACAUCAGCCCCAUCUAGCCCCACAAGGCGGCACCACCGCACACCAGCCACUAUACCUGAAUGCGUCGAGUUCAAUGCCUUAACUGUUGACUCUGGUCGUUGGGUGAAUUUUCAGGCGGCGGCGGCGGCUCCUCCUCCACCUACUUUUAACCUUGUGAAAAGGGUGGUUCAAUUUCAACAUGAUCAACUCCAGGGGAAUGUUGCACAGAAGGGGAGAUGCACAGAAUUUGAGUUUGGGAAUUGUAGAGUGAAGCCAUGGGAAGGUGAAAGAAUACAUGAGAUUGGCAUAGAUGACCUUGAACUUACACUUGGGACUAGCAAGACCUGUGUAUAAAUAAAGCUCCGAUAA